AGCUUCCUUUUUCGACGUUCUUUUGUUGCGGAGACCAGCAAAAUACACACGUCACCAUGGGCAAAAUAAUGAAACCCGGCAAGAUCGUGCUGGUCCUAAAUGGCCGGUACGCUGGCAAGAAAGCCCUCAUUGUGAAGCCCGCAGAUGAAGGCAAACCUUUCUCCCAUGCCAUCGUCGCUGGCAUCGCUCGUUACCCUCGCAAGAUCGUCCGCCGUCUAUCCAAGAAGAAGCUGGAACGCAGAUGUAGGAUCAAGACGUUCGUCAAAAUGAUCAACUACAACCACUUGAUGCCAACCAGAUACACCGUUGACAUCGAUAUCGACAACAAAAAAGUGAACCGCGAUGCCCUCAGUGAUCCCGGCAAGAAGAGGAAGGCUCGGCUCGAGGUGAAGCAGAAGCUCGAAGCUCGUUUCAAGCAAGGACAGAACAAGUGGUUCUUCCAGAAGCUAAGAUUCUAAAUAAAUAAUGGAUCUUAA